AUGCACAGCUCCAAGGGAAGAGUCCCGGAGCUGGCUCGUGGCCUCCGGGCCUCAAGCCUGAAAGGAAGACACACCGGGGAAGUUCCGGUACCAUUCUGGGGAGUAAAAGCUGCCAUGGAAGAGCCUGCAGCUCCCAAAGAACCCCACGAGGCAGCUGGGGCCUCUAGGGGUACCGAGGCAGCAGGGGAGGGCACCCCACGGCCCACCCUCCCGGUGCGCCCUGUCUCCCGGUGGUCCUCGGCUCCAGGCCCAACCCCGUUCCGCCCGUCACGUCUGAGGCCUGCCCAAGCCUCAUGGGGAGGGGCCGGGCCCAGCUGGCUGCAGAGCCGGAGCACUGGCAGCUGGACAAAGCAAGUCGUCUGCAGGUAUUAUCUGCAUGGGCUGUGCAAGGAGGGGGAGAACUGCCGAUACUCCCACGACCUCUCGGGCCGGCAGGUGGCCGGGGAGGGCCCUGGCUCGCAGCCCCAGGCCUCUGCAGACAGCGGCCCUAGCACGGCUGCGCACAUGGAGCCCCUGCCUCAGCAAGUGGCGGAAGCCCCACCUGCUGCUUCCUCACGCUCCUUGCCUGUGAUUGGCUCAGCUGCUGAAAGGGGUUUGUUUGAAGCCGAGACAGAUAAUGCAGGCCUUGAAGCUGCCAGAGGAGCAGGUGUGGAAGGCUGGGAGAAUGCCGUUGAAUUUGUUCCCGGGCAACCCUACCGGGGCCGCAUGGUCCCUUCUGUCUCCGAGGCUCCUCUGCAGAGCUCGGUGACUGAGAGUGGGCAGAUUGUCUUGGGCAUGGGGAGGCAACUUUGCCGCGAUGCUAUCGCGGGGCAGUGCUUUCGUGGGCAGGACUGUGUUUAUCUCCAUGGAGAUAUAUGUGAUAUGUGUGGGCUGCCGGUCUUGCACCCAUUGGAUGGUGCCCAGAGGGCAGACCAUGUAAAGGCCUGCAUUGAAGCACACGAAAAGAAUAUGGAGCUCUCGUUUGCCGUGCAGCGCAGUGCGGACAAAGUGUGUGGCAUCUGCAUGGAGGUUGUCUAUGAGAAAGCCAACCGGAAUGAUUGCCGCUUUGGCAUCCUCUCCAGCUGCAAUCACACCUACUGUCUUAAGUGUAUCCGCAGGUGGAGAAGUGCCAGACAAUUUGGGAGCAGGGUUAUCAAGUCCUGCCCUCAGUGCAGGGUCAUGUCCACCUUUGUCAUUCCCAGUGAGUACUGGGUGGAGGAGGAAGAAGAGAAGCAGAAACUUAUUCAACAGUACUUGGAGGCUUUGAGUCACAAGACCUGCAGGUAUUUUGCUCGAGGCAGGGUCUGCCCAUUUGGAGAGAACUGUUUUUACAAACAUGUGUAUCCUGAGGGCCAGGGCGAGGAGCCUCAGCGGCAGGGUGCUGAGGCGUCUGGUACUUGCCAUUGGGAACCUUUGGAGCCUCUGCAGGUGGGAGAGGGCAACAUGCCCUUUAAAAGCAGUAGAAAAGAGCUUGUCAUGCUUUGGCUGGCCAAUCUGUUGUGUAAGUGUUUUCACCAGGAGUUAUGCGCUCCCCUUCACAGAGGUCUGGUGGGACUUGCUUCAUUGUGA